AGGAUUCAGGGCACCAGUAGAACCUGCAGCAGGAGCCUGACCGAGCGCACUCUGUGCAUUGAUAGACUGCGAGUAAGGGGCUGCCGUCAUCAUCAUCUGCGGGCUCUGCGAUGA